GCGUACCCGCCCACUACCUUCGCCGCUGUACGGCUUCCGUUUCAUUGGCCAGUUCAUUACAAUUUCCGAUUCGCGGCAGCUGCGCGGAAGCAACUCUCGCGACAUUUGCCGCGGCCCGGCAAACGCAAGGCACAGCAGGGUACUGGCGCGCCCAUUCAGUUUUGCCUGCUGCCGGCGCCACUCUGUUACCCGGAACUGCCGGGCAGAGCAGCAUGACGUCCGCCCUGGAAAACUACAUCAACCGAACUGUUGCUGUUAUUACGUCUGAUGGGAGAAUGAUUGUGGGAACACUAAAAGGUUUUGACCAGACCAUUAAUUUGAUUUUGGAUGAAAGCCAUGAACGAGUAUUCAGCUCUUCACAGGGAGUAGAGCAAGUAGUGCUAGGAUUAUACAUUGUAAGAGGUGACAAUGUUGCAGUCAUUGGAGAAAUUGAUGAAGAAACAGAUUCUGCACUUGAUUUGGGGAAUAUUCGAGCAGAACCUUUAAAUUCUGUAGCACACUGAGGAAAAACUACAUACUUGGACAUCUAUAAAUCUUUGUACAGAAACUGAUUCUUCUGAGAAUGAUGUAUGGAAUUUUUAUGAAUGUGUAACUGGAUUUUGACUCCUUAUCGAUUUAUUAUAAUAUGUAAAUUAAAAUAUUUCUGCAUUUUAUUGAAAAAAAAAUUUUGCCUAAAUCAUAAGUUUGGUAGUUUGGUUUCUUUUAUUAAAUAGUGUGAAAAUAUAAUGGUCAUUUUGAAAACUUCUAGAAAAAAGUAGUACUUUUUGAUAUUUUAGUAUUUAUAGAAACUACUGGAAAAGAGAAAUUUUUGUGCUACAUAAAUCAGGCAUUGAAAUAGCAGUAGUAGUACAGGAUAUAUGUGUUUUCUUUCCCUGAUAUUUAGGAAAGUCACUGUAAGGUAAAUCUUUUCAGGAGUUAUUUCAACCAACAACAUUUAUCUGAUUCCACUGGUGGUGGUUUGCUAGUGCUUCUAAAAGUUGCUCCCUAGCACUGAGGUUGGGUACGUACAAAUGUGUUUGCUUGAGAAAAGCUAAAAUGCUGACAAGGUUUUAAUAGUUGGGCCAAAAUUCGAACUUGAAUAUUAUGAUCAGGAAUAGUAGAAUUGACAGAGAUGAUUGGUAAAGUCUCUUGAUACCCAAUUGGUUAGGUAUGAAAGUACUAUGAACACAUUAAUGUUGAAUUUUAUGGACAGUAUAUUAUCUGAAUAAAAUUGAUUAUUUGUAGUCUUAAGUUUUUAAUUUUUUAAGAAUUGGAGAAUUUCUAGUAUUAGAGUUAUUUAUAAAUGUGAGUAAAUAAACUCGUUUAUAUUGAAGUAGUGAUAGUCAUUGUCAGAAAUUUUUCAUGAUUCAUUAGUUCCAUAAACCUGAUUUUAUGUAAAUGUGACUUAAAUGUGCAGUUUAAAAUAUCCUCACUCAAAAUCAGCCUUGUAAAGGGAGAAGCACUAUCCCUAGAAUUACUUGGUUGAUGAAGUUAGCUAAUACUGACUAUUUAUAAAUACUUGGCAUUUGUAGUAUAAUGUUUUAUAAUCAAUUUAGUAAUGAAAUGAUGCAAGUGGGUAAGGCAAACAGGCAAAUUUAAGUAGGGACUGUGAAUGAAAUAUUUUAUUUUAGUAUAUGGCAUUUUUAAUUGGUAAAAUAAUUCCAAAAAUCAAAUAAGAAUACACAUCAAUCAGUUGCCAAGAAAAAAUGCAUUCUAACAGUACAAAUGAAGUCCAGAGUCAGAUCUUUUCUCAAAAUACUUGACAUAUCAAGACAAAUUACACAUAAACAAGUAAAUAAAAACCAGUCUUGUCCCUCGUGAUAAUGGGUUUCUAAUGUGACGUAUUCUUGAAAUCUGAAACACUUUAUAAAGCUAUGUUUUCCUGUUGAUGUUGGAAAAAGCAUUCCCAAAAUGUGAAUUAAUGUUUUCAUGAAUAGUUGUGAAGGAUGUGAAUGGUAAUAGGCCAGAUGAUCUAUGUAAUUCUUUAUUCCUGGAUACAUGUACUUGGUAGACUUUUUAUGCUCACAGCCAAUUUAUAUUGGAUUUAUUUUUGCCUGAGAAUUGUAGGGGAGCCACAACCAUGAGUAGUAACAUAAUUAAUAUACAGUGACAAGAUUUUAUAUUUAAUGCAACAUUUAUUCUAUAAUCAGUUCUUAUUUAUAAAGAGGCUCAAAUCAAUUUCAAUCUGUAAUUACCUCUGUGCUUUGUGACUGGAACACAAUCUAAACCCAGCUUAAUGAAUCAAAGAGAUGUUUCUUGGCAAGAUAUUUUCAUUAAAGUUAUUUGGAAAGGGCAAUUAACUGCAAAAAGGACUUUUUAUUUUUCUUUUUAACCACAAGUUACUAUCUAAAAUAAAGCUCUUUGAUAACUUGGUGUCACAUGCUGACAGUUUGGGCUUAAAUAUUGCAAAUCUUGAUCACAGAAGAGCAAGAGAGAAAGUUUUACUAAUAUUUGCUUAAAUAUCCUGUGUAAUACCUUUAUAACACCCUUCUGAAUUUUUAAGCUAAUAAUGUAAGAUAAGUAUGAUAAAAACAAUUUUUAAAUGGUAUUUAACGCAAAUACAGAAUAACAGUGUUAACAUUUUUCUCAGCCAUGUAAACCUAGUAUUCAUCAUGUGAAUGAGAAAGUAAGGUAACUUUAUAUGGCAUGUGAACCAGACUGUUUAGUAGCCAGGAUUGCAAAGCAACACUUAACACUUAUUCUGGGCCUUCAUCUUCAAAAUUAGUAAGUAGUAUUUAUUGAGUGCAUAUCAUGUGCCAGGCCUGAUGCUGAGUGCUUACAAUGAUCAUUUUUUAUAUGGGAAAAUUGAGGCUCAGCAGGGUCAAACACUACAGUAUGUUCUGGGCCUUCAUCUUCAAAAUUGGUAAGUAGCAUUUAUUGAGUGCAUGUCAUGUGCCAGGCCUGAUGCUGAGUGCUUACAAUGACCAUUUUUUAUAUGGGAAAAUUGAGGCUCAGCAGGGUCAAGUACCUUAUAAGAGGUAGCACUAGUAAGUAACAGGACUCAAAUUCAACUAGGUCUUUCAACUCUAUACAAUACUGCCUGUUACCAGAAAGUAUAGUCUCAAAAUCUGUCAAGCAUCCAUCAGAAGCCUGACGAUAGAUGGUCUAAUGCAGUUCCCAAAGCCACAUUGUAGGCCAUUUUCAUUAUAAUUACCUGAGGUGCCUUAAUAAUAUUCUUGGGCCCUACUCAUUGAUGUGGUUCAGCAGCUCUGUAAUGAAGCAAAAAGGAAUAGUCACUAAACAGCAAAGGAAAGCAUGGAAUUAUUAAAAGACCUAACAAUUAUAUGCUGGGAUGAGUCUCUAACCCCACAGAAUUGAAUUCAAACACAGAAUCUUAUUCAAAAUAAGGAUAAUAACAUCUAUCUUCUUGAGUUGCAAAAAGUAACAUUAGACUUCAUUUUAGACACUCGGUAUGAUUUUGAGGACAUAAUGGUAAAUAGCUUUUUAAUACUAUUCUAAGUAUUCAAAGGCCAUUGUAUAAAAGUUAAAAUAUAGGUCUUGUCAGCUUAGCUUUUUAAGAGUGUCCCACUGACUACCAUAUCUCUACAAGAGAAGGGAUAUAUAAGUUAUGAAGAGUUCAGAUUAUGUGGAAAGUAUAAGUUUACACUAUUUUAACAAAUGUAUAAUAAAAUUUGUUUCUAUGUCAUCUUACACUCUUGAUUCAAGGAGUUUGAAAGUGUAAACCUAGAUCUUUCACAUGAAAAGAGGAACCUCUCCAUUCUGUACUUGUAUAGUCAUUACCUUAUUUCAUAGAUUUACUUAUUUUAAAUUUAGUUUUACUUAUUUUGGGCCUAAAAUAAGCUUGAGCUGUGAAUCUCAGUUUUAAGUCAUGAGCAAAUUUGAUAAAAAUUGCUUUCUGUCUUCAAGUAAUACUGAAAAAAACGUUGACAAGGUAAAGCUACCUCCAUUUAGAUUGAUACUUAUUAAAUAGCAUAGUGCUCUCAUUAAACCUGUGACAAAUUCGUUUAAUUAUAAGAUGCUAGUACUUAUGCUCCAUCCUGUUUAUAGGGAUUAUUGAUGUAAAAUUUGAUCAGAUGCUUUGAUGUAAUCUUCAUUCCUCUGUAUAGCGGGAAACUAUGAGACGUGGGGUUAGUCUUUGUGAAUCAUUGCUGCCUUCUAGUGACCAUUGCUUUCUUUUCUACAUGUCCACAUACUUCAAAAAAACAGAUUUUGGAAUCUUGUCAGGGACAUUUAUCAAGCUGUUAAUACCCACCAGGCACUGUGCUCAAAACUGUGGAUAAGCCAGGGAAUAGUAUUCUUGUCCUUGUGAUGUUUGUGUCUGUAUCUACCUCAACCAAAUCAUUUUGACUCAGAUUUACUGUCCAAGGGCAUGUGUUACUUCAUCAGAUUCUUUCAGUAUUCUAGGAUAUUAUUUAUGGGUUCUGGAUUCAUUCAAAACAACUAGAAAUGGUCUUCUUAAAAUGAAUGUAAUUCAUAUCAAUCAUUUUCCCCAUCUUUGUUUGUUUUAAGAUUGCUAAGUGUGUAAGUUGCAUAAUUCUAAGGAUAAAGGCAAAAUAGCACUUCACCAGCAGAGUUCUCUUUCCUUAGUUAACAGUAUGCCAUCUGCUUCCUAGUGGCAUCAUUUGGGGAAUGAAGGAGCUGAGAAUCAUUCUUACAUGGUAUCUUUCAGACCUCUUGGUUUUGACAUUAAUUUUUUUUAAUCCAGUUUUUGUGUUAGUUUUUGUUAUGCCUUUUUACUUCCUUAUUUUUUUAUAUUUCUUUUUUUUAAGUCCUUUUAUUUUACAGAGUAUUACUUGUCAGAAGUGGCACAGAUCAAGCAUUGCUACAACAAAGUCCCAUCAAUGUCCCUUCAAUGAUAUGAUAGUCCUUCUCUCUUUUUAGGGUAAUGUUCAGUUAUACUGUAAACAUUUUGCUUUUAUGUUUUUUUUUUCUUUUCCAUAUGUACUAGCUUUACAAAUGCCAUAUUAGAAUGGUACCAAAUUGUUAUUACAUUUGAAAUAAGAAGAAUCCGGGAGUCAGGAUGGGUGGGAGACAUCUCCAGGGGACACAAUACAUUGUGUCAUGUAUUAAAAACUGGUGUGUGUUGGGGUGGGGAACAGGCAAGAAACUAAUGUAUUUCUGUUUGAUAUAUUAAAAUAUGCAUAAGCUAUCUUAUGUUUCAUCUGAUGUGCCUUAUCAAGAAAAUGAUUAUAAUAAAUCAUACUCUAGAAAACUCAUUAACCGAUACAAGUUGCCAGAAAAUGCUGUAUUGUGGCUUAUAUAACAUUUUAAAAUAAAUGACCUGGAAGUCAUCACAA